CCACGGGGACUUAAAGCCUGAGAACACUCUCUAGUUUCGGGAUAAGAAUAACUAAGGGACUCUCUAAAUCGCUGAUCUGGGCCUUGCGACAUUCCAUGAGAAGGAGAAACAUACCAAAGACAGGGAAAGUGAUAGCGAUCAAGACUUGGUCGGUUGCAGCCCGUUAUGAACCAUCUGAUAUAAAGUCAACGAGGGGCAAAAGUGAUCCUCGGUCACGGCAGUUUGAUAUUUGGUCAAUGGGUUGUGUUUUGCUAGAACGCUAUUAUGGCUUACUUACGUAUACCGAGCCGUGGACACCUUCCAAGCUAACAUAAGUAAAUAAUUCUGGGAAACUGACGACAGAUCCGGGAAGAAU